UACAAACUUCAAAACAACAUAAAAUAAAAACUCAACUCCUUUUUUCCAAAACCCAAAACCCUAGUUACUGCUUUCUCUCCUCUCUUUGUCCCUUUACAACAAUGGCCAAAACUUUGGACGAAGAAACCGUCAAGAAGGUCAUUAGACAGGUUGAGUUUUACUUUAGUGAUAGUAAUCUACCAAAGGAUGGGUUUCUUAGGAAAACUGUGGAAGAAAGUGAAGAUGGGUUGGUCAAUUUAGCUUUGAUAUGUUCGUUUUCACGGAUGAGGGGUCACUUAGGUUUGGGGGAUGCAAAGCCAGAAGAUAUAUCAGAUGAUACCAUACAAUCUGUUGUUGAAGCUUUAAAAGCUUCUUCUUUUCUUAAGAUUUCGGAAGACGGGAAGAGAGUUGGUAGAGUCAGUGAGCUUGCGAAGCCUGAGGAAGUUAUUGAGCAAAUUGAUGUUAGGACAAUUGCUGCUUCCCCAUUGGAAUACAGUGUCAAGCUUGAAGAUGUUGAGUCCUUCUUUAGUCAGCAUGGCAAGGUUAACAGUGUGAGACUGCCUCGCCAUGUAGCUGACAAAAGGGUGUUUUGUGGCACUGCUCUGGUUGAGUUCUCCUGUGAAGAAGAUGCCGCUAAAAUUGUGAAUCAGAACUUGGUUUAUGAAGGAGUCGAAUUAGAACUAAAACCAAAGAAAGAUUUCGAUGUUGAAAGAGCCAAAGAGGAGGAAGAAGUUGAGAUUAACCAUCCUCGUAGUGGUCCAAAUAGUAAAAAUAAUUCGAAGGCUGAACCAGACUAUCCGAAGGGCUUGAUCAUUGCAUUUAAGUUGAAGAGAAUCUCUGCUGAAAGCUCUACGGAACAGAAUGGUAACCAUAAACCGGCUACUGAAAGCGCAAGCGCGCCUGAAACCGAAGGCAAUAAAGAUACAACAAAAGACAAUGUCGAAGUGACAGAUGAGAAGAUGGCAGAAGAUAUUAAAGAUGAGAACACCAAUGAGAAUGUUGAGAAGGGUGAAAAAAAAGAUGCAGAGGAUGGAAGUGGGGAGCCUGAUGUUCAGAAUCCUGAAGCUGCAGAGAAAUCCAUGGACAGUCCAACUGAAGAUGAUGAGCAAGCUCCAGCUGAAGAAAAAUUAUCAAUUGCUGCUUGCAAGGAUAACAAGGACAUUGUUAUGCGUGAAGACUUGAGGAGCGUAUUCCAAAAAUUUGGCACUGUGAAGUUCAUCGAUUUCACGAUUGGAGCAGAAUCAGGGUAUAUAAGGUUUGAAAAUGAAGAGGCUGCACAAAAAGCACGUGCUGCUGGUGCACUUGCUGAGGAAGGUGGUUUGGCAGUGAAAAAUUUCAUUGCUGCCUUAGACCCUGUAACUGGUGAUGCUGAGAGGGAAUACUGGAGCAUGUUCCGUAAUAACCAACAGGACAAACGCCGUGACUUUAAAGGGAACAGGGGAAGGGGAGGAAGGUUCAACAGAGGCGGGAAGCGAGGAAGGGGAAACGAUUUUGGUGGACGUCCAAACAAAUUCCAGAAAGCUAGGGGAUGAGGAAUUUAUCAUUUGUAACAUUUACGAUGGACAUGUUAACCUAUCCAGGUUCACAUUACUACGAUGAUAUACUCUCUUCGUUGUAAUGUGUUAGCAAUUUUGUGCCUUAAUUUAUGUCUCAAUAUCAUAAAAUGGUUUUGUUACCCAUUUUCUGUGUUCCUUAGUUAAAGUGAUAUAUUUAGUACAACUUUGUUGA